AUGAGCAAUUAUUCUGCGUUGACUGUGGUGCAAUUGAAGGAGCUGCUGACUGAGCGUAAUCUGUCCGUCGCGGGCUUGAAGAACCAGUUGGUUGAGCGUUUAACUAACGAUGACAAGGCCAAGGAGGCUGCUGGUGAGGCUGCUCCAGCUCCUGUGACCGAAGAGGCUGCACCAGCACCAGCUGCUGCACCAGUGGCUGCUGAAGUUGAGGAGGCCAAGCCAGAAGAGGCCAAGCCAGAAGAAGAAACAAAGGCUGAGCCGGCCAGCAAUGAGGCUGCUCCAGCUGUUGCAAGCGAGCAGCCAGCGGAAGCUAGUGAGGACAAGCCUGCUGAGGUUCAAGAAAAGGCACCUGAGGUAAAAGAGCCAGAGAAGGAGCUUUUCGAUAUUCUAACAGCGGAAGAGAUCAAGCAAAGAGCCACCGAAUUGAUAGACAAGAAACUUCACCGUGCGAAGAAGUUCGGUGCUGAACAAGACCAAAUUGACUCAUUGGAGAAGCUGAAGGUGAGAAUCGAUAGAUUUGGUGUCGACCGUAAUAUGUCUAUUGCUCUUGAACUUGGCUUGGUAAAGCCUAAGGAAGUGCGUCAACAAAACAGAAGCAACAAGAACAACAAUAGAAACGGUCACAAAGGAGGUAAUAACAAGAACAGAAAGGGUAGAGUGAACAAGAAUAGAGGUUCUGGUAGAAGGUGGUAA